CCCGGGAGCGCGCAGUGAUGCUUCGUCAGCGCAUGCGCAGUUCCUUUCGCCAGUCAGCCGCCCUGGGACUCCCGGGGACAGCAGCAGCAGCAGUAACCUCUCAGCCGCUCCCAGCUCUCGGUCCCGGGGAUAUCAGCUGUGAGCAGCCCCACGUCUGUCAGAACAGGCCACAGAGGGAGCCCGGGACCAGGGGUAUUGCUAGAGGAUUUCGAUCCUCUGCAGGGUGAGUUGCUCCCUCGCCCUAUACCCACACCAGGCUAAAUGCAGAAUAACAGCCGCUGAUCUGGACUAUAUAUAUCUAUAUGCAGCCCCUGCUGCUUGCACAGCGCCUAUAGGCUGAUCUCCAUAUCACACAUGCACACAGCUCCUAUACACACCACCUAUAUGCUGAUCUCCAUAUACAGAUGCACCUGACACAUGCUGUCCCAUUCACCUCCCCCCUUGCUUGUAUAUAGUGUAUUUGUAUAUAAUGUGUGUAUGCAUUAACGUGUAAUACAACUGCUACAGCACAUCCACUGCACCCCAGCCCUAAUCUGCCUGUACCAAGUUACUUCCAGACCCUUCUCAUUGUUAUAUAUAUCCUAUAUGCAGAAUAGUCUUCUAUCUGAUUCCUAGCCCUGAUUGUAAUCCAUCACCUAAUACCCCUGUAUAUUGCACAGUCCGGUAUCACAUUAUAGUCUUGCAGAAUAGUAUUUACCAUCGAUAGGUGACGUCUAUGUAGACACCUUGUGUUAGUACUGUAGUUUGCCGUUGAUAGUUAUAUAUGCAUUGAUAACAGACGUUAAGCUGCUUACAUUAGUCUCAGUAUGUAUGUCCAGCAGCUGGACAAAUUCUAAAUCCCCGAACAAUUUUUAUUUCCAAAGCUGCCAUUCUUCCACACCUGUGCAAUAAUUACCCUAACCUAUGCACAUUUACAUAUAUGUAGAAGUGUGGUUAGACCGGUGUCACUGACCUAUACAUCAGCAUUGAGUCACAUCAUCGCUCACUAGCAGGAGCUAGGAAGUCUUCCUUCGGAGAACCAUGUCCCUGCUCCCGCUGCUGAGCCGGACUGCUCUGCGUCCCACCGUCUCCCUAAAGCCUUGGAGCUGGCGAGGGAUGACCGUCAGGAGAUGCCCGGGGACUUCUGCCUUGCAAUGCUGCCGGCUGAUGGGCACACACCCGAAAAAGGAGCCGAUGGAGCCACUCAACUCGGCACAAGGUGCCAGAGACUUCAUAUACAGCCUUCAUGCCACCGAGCGAAGCUGCUUGUUGAAAGAGCUGCACAGAUUCGAAUCUAUAGCGAUCGCACAAGCCAAACGAUAUCCUAAAACCCCACCCUAUUCAGGCCAGGAGCUUGGUGGUGGCCAGGUGGUGGCCGCAGAAGACACUCACUGUGAAAAGCUAGAAGCUGACCCACCGUCCUCGAGACAGCUGAAACAUGUCUUCGUCCACAAUGCACUGCCGUUCAUAGGGUUUGGCUUCUUGGAUAACGCAAUAAUGAUUGCCGCGGGAACACAAAUAGAAUUCCAUAUUGGGGCCAUUUUAGGAAUUUCCACUAUGGCAGCCGCUGCGCUGGGAAACCUGGUGUCAGAUCUCGCAGGACUUGGACUGGCUGGUUACGUGGAAGCAAUAUCGUCACGGCUGGGCUUGCCAAUUCCAGACUUAUCUCCUAAGCAGGCUGAUAUGUGGCAGACGCGCGUUAGCGCGCACAUGGGAAAAGCAAUAGGAAUUGCCGUCGGCUGCCUUUUAGGAAUGUUCCCCCUUCUCUUUUUCAACUGGGAUGACGAGGCGAAAGCGGAAAAGAAGAAAUGACUUUUUAUACCCUAGUAAAGUCAUACCUCAGCUACGUAUGCAGUCAAUAUAUUUACAGCCGCCAGAGAGAGACCAGAGGACUUGUACCCAAGAACAAAACUACAGCAUGAACUGACCCCCCCCGACUCCUGGCCGCCAUGUCCUCUCACCGCGUGGAGGAACAGUCGCACUUUCCUGCGACGCAUAGAGUGGCCGAAUUGUUGUUCUUUUCUUCCUUCUGCAGAACUCUCCAAACGUCUUACAUUUUUGCAGUUUGGAAUAAAUCGGAACUUUUCCUUCCACAAAUCUUGUUGUCUUUGUAAUCUCUGGUAAAAACUGUAGUGACGUCCGUCAUCUGUCACACACCGACAUUAAACACUAAAUCGGCAUCUCAUUUAUUCUCCUGAAGGGUAUCGCGCCCUAGGGGUUGCAUUAUCUUAUCCCAGCUACAAUAAUACACUCUUCCCUUCUCAUAGAAAUCAAUGGCUUCCACAAAUAAAACUAGCAAUUUUCUUGUUUCGUUUUGCAUGGUUUUAAAAUAUCCUGCAGUCACUUUGGUGUCAGUAUGCCUUACAUGAAACUUUUUCAGUUUGACGUUGUUUUCUCUUACCGACACACUGUAGAUAACAAGCGAAACCGUUUUCUGAUGUAAAAUAUUUAUUCUUCUCUAACUUUUUCAAAUGUUCAGGAAGAAAAAAAUAAUUUAAGAACGUUUGGCAGUUUGACUAUUUUCACUGGCGCAUCAAUGUAGCUACUUAUUUAAUAUAUCUGUUUAGUGAUCGUUAUUUAAUGGAUGUUGGAAGCAAUGGUAUUCAUUUUGGGUGCUUAUGGCUAAUAAACUGUUUUGGUCUGAGUUCCGCUCCAUUUUUAUAAAAAAAAAACAACUUACCUUCUCCUCCGAAAUGACUGUUCUUUAAUUGGCUGUCCCAUUUAAUAACUGGGAUACGGUCCUUAGGUCGACCUCACUUAGGUUGACGGUCGUUAGGUCGGCCAUUAUUGGUCGACAUGCAUUAGGAGGCAAAGGUCGACACAUGAAAAGGCCGACAUGAGUUUUUCACCAUUUUUUGUACAUUUUUUUUUUUUUACUUUUUCAUACUUCACAAUCCACGUGGACUACGAUAGUGAAUAGUAACCUGUGCCGAGCGCAGCGGUUUCGCUCGCCAUGCAAGGGCUGCACUAAUUGGGGUUCCCCAUCACUUUUACUAAGAACACAUCACAAAAAAGCCAUGUCGACCUUUUUACUUGUCGACCUACUGCCUGUUGACCAAUAGUGGUCGACCUAACAAGUGUCAACCUAAAUAGGGUCAACCCAACAAACCCAUUCCUUAAUAACGAGCUUCUACAGAUAGUCAUUAGACAAUGAUGACUGAAUGAGUGCCAUGAAUACGGUUGCCAAGAGGGUUAUUAUGUCUUCCCAGAGGUUGCAGAAUCUCGCUGUAUGGCCCUUCUCUUGAAAGAUGAAACAUUAAAUGGGCUCAUUGAUCAUAAUUACUGCCUGAGACGAAGAACAAAUCUCGGUGUAUUUAAAAUCCAUUCUGCUAAGAUGUUAGGUGGCCAGUGUUUUUUUGUGUUUCUUGUUUAAAUCGUUAGCUUAGUUAGUUUGUUCAUUUUUAUUUAAAAAUAGAAAUGUAUAGAUUAACAGAUGUCGGAGAGAGAGAGAAUUGCCCUGUACUUGCAUUUUAAAAAAAUGUUUUCAUUAAACCCACGGCUUGCAGUGAACGUAUAUCACCAAAACUGAAUUUCUUACCAUGUUGUACAAAGAUAAUUAAACUUUGCAUUUAAUUAUGUUGGAA